UGCUAGCACGGAUGGCUAACGGCGAGCUAACAUAAAAAAGCGUCUGGCCGGGUCCGGCUGUGUUGACAAGCGACAGCAUCGCGUCCAAAGAAAGGAUUCUAAACUAUCGACUCCAUAGAUAAAAUCCCAGAGCAGAUCGUUAACGCUGUUGCACAACCCCCUCCCCCGAGCAGGGAGUAGACGGCCCGUGUGUCAGUCUGCUGUUUCAUCUGUCAUCGCUUCCCUGACGAAUAAACCGUGGACGUCAGGUGGAGGAUGGAUGUUUACUCCACUGUGUAACCGCAGCCUGUAAAUUAUUGGGACCCCGCUGCCAGAUGACCGGUACACCUCAGUGCUCAACAUGAAGCCUGUCAGCUAUCAAAGCAUGCCGCCAGCUGUGAACGGUGGACAUCAGAAUUUGGCACUGGAUCGCGUGCUGACCACGUCAAAUGUGAUGUAUUGUGAGAAAUGUGGAUUCGCCUCUGUGGAUGCUGCAGUGUUCAAGAAGCACAUGGUCGAGCACAUGGGGACAAGGUUUUACUGUUUUUAUUGCAACAACGUCUCCUUCAGCGAGGCAGAGUUAAAUGCUCACCUGAAGCAGCACACAUCAAAAUAUCCAUUUGUGUGUCCUCACUGUGGACAGGGCUACAUGAGGAGGCUCUGCCUUGUGAAGCACAUUGAGCGUCUGCACAGUAAAAGAACCAUUCAAGGACCUGCUAAGCCUGGUAUGGCUUUAAUUUCUCACGUGCCUGUCUCUACUGCCUUAUCCAGUGUGUCCACUGCAGAUCACUCAUCACUUGGACCUGCUGUUCGGCUGACAGCACCCGCCUCGACUGCACCUGCAGUCAGACUGGGUAAAGAAGAAGAGAGAAGGAAAACACUGGACACAAACUUAACACAUGCCACUAAUGGAAAUACAGAACUCUUUCCCCCUUUGAAUGGACUCAUGCAGCACCACAGGGCUCUAACCGUUUCUCUUCCAGAGGAAGUAACGAUCCCCGCUGGCUGCUUGGUUGAACUUGUUGAGGUGAAAACCGUUAACGGGACAAAGGAACUCAAACUGAGGCUCGUCUCCCAACAAGAAAACGAGUCGGUGAUCAAAGACACAAGGAACACAGUCCCCCAGAACAACGCAGUGGGAAAGCUGUUGUCUACCACAUUGAAUCACCAGUCUUCCCCAGUGAAGUCAGUGAGCAUGGGGAUGUGCACAGUGAACAGGAAACAGUGUGAAACAAAGAUGGUGAAUGUGGAGCGCCCUGUUGUCCCAGUCAGUAUUUCCAAGAACCUCCAUAAUCACGUGAGCAAAGAAAAGAGUGCAUUCAAAAGACCAUCACAAGAAAUAAUCAACUUGGAGUGUAACACAGUCAUUCCAAAUAAGAUUCCCAAAAUGAUUCUCGGUCCUGUGAGAGAGGGACAGAGUGGGAUCAGAGUGGCACAAAGAGAACAUGUAAAUUGUAAUGCAGCUCCGCCCCCUGUUAUCUCCAACAGGGGCGCGAACAGGUUGACCAGCACCCUGCAUCCAGAAGACAAUGGGACAAGUGUUUCCCAGAGAGCAGUGGAGGAGAGGAAGAACUUAAUUUCAGAGCAUCCCAAGAGUUUCCCAGCCCAGAGAGCAGCUGACAAAAGCAUCCUUCGAGAUGUGUCGGUGGCCGUGAAGCUGGAACCCGCAGAGACCCACCUCAGGAACAACACUGCUCCCAAAACAAUGAAAGGGGCAGUGGGCUUGAACCAGCAACGUCUCAAAUCCGGGAGUGUUCCCUUGGCUGCAGCCACACUAGCGAGGCCUCCAGCUAUUUUAGCAUGUAAGGAUAAUGUUGCAAAUCAGUCUUUGCCAGCACACAGGACUUUGAACGGGCCCUCAUCUGUCAGAACCUCUGUGCUUUCUAAUCAUACAAAUUCAAAGAUCUCGGCUUGGAUCCAGGGAGUCAGAUCCAGUGAGAGAGCAGGAGGAGACGUGUCAGAACCAGAGAGUUUUCCAAUCAUUUCCUCUGUGUUUUCAUUAAGUCAACAACCAGAAGAGGUCCAAGGCUCCAUUCAGCCCCUGAUGAUGGCUCUGCAUGGCAUAGUGAUGGAUAAAACCAACAGUUCCGGAGGUACACGUCAAGGUCGCAUCAAGAUUACGAACGGCACAGAGCCUGUGAUGGAGCCGUCCACAUCCAGGGUCUGUGCUCAGGUGGCCACAAAAGACAAAUCCGUCAUCUGUGACCCUUUGUUGACCGAGCGAGUUGACCCCGUGAAAGUAGUGCUGGAUAAGGGCGUCCAGGGCCGCCCUGCACUGACCGAUCACCAAAUCCACGUCAAGACGGAAAAAAAUAGCACUACGCCAACAGACAAUAAUAAUAAAAGCAGUCACACUCCUGCGUCAGAAUCCUCACCAGAUCAGGGAUCUGUUCCUACCGCUGUUGCACACGUAGGCACGUCCGUGAGUCCGGAGGCUCCGACGAAAGUGGAAAAAAGUGAGCGCGCCUUCACCACAAAGUUCCUCACUGUCUCUCUGAAAAGGGUACAAGUAGGUGUGUGGAAAAAAAGCAGGAAAGGACUGAAGCUGAGAAUAUCCAAAUAUAAGACUCAUUUGCCCGUGGACAGCUUAACGGAUUGUGCAGUUAUUUACCCGACGCCGCUGAAGGAGGACCAACUGGUGAAAAGGCCGGGCCCCAACCAGCCUGUGGUGGUGCUCAACCACCCAAAGCCCCGGGGCGCCUUGCAGGGAGCGAGAGCGGACACUGUUGCCGACACGGGAGCCUCCGAGGUGGUUCCAAAGUGCCAAAUCUUAAAAAUGAGACUAAGCAAAGUGGUGGGACAGAAGUACGAGGUGAUGGGGUGCACUGUGGGAGUCUUUCCAUGAGUGGAUUGGACAAUGUAGAAAGAAAAUGUACAUUUAUAAAGAAGUAACUAGUAUUACAAUGAGAAAAUACUGAUUUCGAUUCAUUGUGUUAUAUGUUUGUCUGUACAGGCAUGGAAUAUGGAUAAUUCAAGUGCAAUGCAGUUAUGACUGCUUUUGGUCUCGUAACGUGGACCAAUCCGCUGUAGUAGAUUUGCAGUCAGUGACACGCAGGUGUUAAGAACUGUUUAAGAAGUUUGACAAACCGGUAGAUCUCUGAGUUGAGUCAUAAACGCAUGCUGUUUAUUUGAAAUAUCUCUUAAUAAUUUUAUUUAUCUUUUGGUUGUGUCAAUGUUUCGUGGUUCAUCUGGCCCCUUUUUGGAGGUGCAACCUUAAGCAGCUGUUCUGUCUGCAGCACACUUCGGGUGAUCCAAGAGAAUCAAAACGGUGCCAUCGAAGCUGGAUUUAUACUCGUCGUUCCCGUCCGUGUUAGGUCGCCAUGGAGGCCGUCCUUCUUCUUCUCGUCCGUUUUCCAGCGGUUGGAUGCGCCGAGCAACAAUCCAGCUUUCCAGUGUAAACAGUGCCAUGGAUUUAGCCAUUUUUAAUGAUUGUAAAAUCAGUGAGUAGAAAUGAUCGAGCGUGUGAUGAUAUUUAUGUAAUAUCUUGUUGGGCAAAGUAUCACAUGCAACUCAAGGGAAAUAUACAGUGAUUCAAGUUUUUAUUCAAGUGUUAAUAUCCCUGUUUUUCCGUCGUCAAAUUUCAUAUUCAGUCCACGUUAAGGAAAUUCCCGUUACAGUCAUCGUAUUCCAACUGAGAGCACUUACAAGCCUGUGAUAAGUGUUAAGCUUCCCUGAUGGCGUCGUCCUCCACCCGUUGUGUCGGUGAAAAGUUAAACUUUUCAGUGCUGACAAUCUCGUAUCUGGUCAACGUCCUGGAGCGCAUUGUUCCAUUUCAAAGGCUUCUCCCCCCCAAAAAUGUGACCCUGAGAAAAUGUGGCUUUUCUAGGGAUCAGUGUUUUACAUGCAGCACUUUGCAUCCUUGUAUUAAUUGUAUUAGUUGGUCACUCUUUUGGUGGUGCGUUAAGGUACUCGUCUAUUUGGGAAGUAUUACAUGACAGCGCCAUAUUUAUCAAGUGGUCACCAGUCCGCAGAAAAAUCGAAUUAACCAGACCAAUGAGAAAGCCAUUGCAAGGUAAAUGUGUAAUGGAAGUGAUGGAAACUAGGCAUAACCACCCACCUAUUGUUCUUGUUAUGAUAUUGAAAAUCCAAAAUUGCAGUUUGACAUUUUCGUGUGUAGUAUAGACUUGGGUAUUAUGCAAAUGUUCCCCAUUUUCCAACCGGUACUUUGUCGGCCAUUAUUGAUGGCAGACUUGAAUGUCUAGGAAAGAAGUGUCUGAACGCACCAAUAGUUUUUGGUUUCUGUGAGGCUGGAGCCUAAAAGUCCCUGAUACAAAUGAAAUGGAGAGGCGAGCUUUUUGAACACUACUCUCCGUUUAAACCACUGCCAAAAGAGCAAAAGUAAAGUCUGAAAGAAUAAUUGUACAUGUUUAUACCGUUGUUGUUAUUGUUGUUAACCUGCAUUCAAUGAUUUUUAUACUCUUUUUUUUUUUUUUUUUUUUUUUUAACCAGAUUGCAGAGUUACAGAUUUGAUUAUUUGUGCUACAGCCCUAGAAACAAGUGUUGAUUCACGUUUCUCCUUCGGCCACAGUUUACUUUGUCGCCAUGUUGGUGAGGAGCCUUGGAACAUUGAUACACAUCAAACUGGCUUAUUACUGAAAGCUAAUUUCUUAUACCGCCACCUAGAUACUCAGUGACUGUAGUGUGGUAAAAACCUGUUUUCCAAAAACAUUAAAAAGUACGUAAGCAAUCUUCCGUGCUGACUCUUUGCCGAUCGGCUUCCCUUCUUAACGGCAGCGUUAUUACACCUGUGUGGUCUUGUUCAUAACCUAGUCCUAUGAUUGAAUCCAUAGGUUUUGGUUGCCCACAGUUUCUAUUGUGUACAUAAUACCUAUGAAUAUAAAACGUGAUGACGUGUUAACUACUCGGUAAGGAAUGGCAAACAUUCCACUGCUUCUUCUGCAACAGCAGCUAUGCUGUCCUUUGCUUUCCUCAUGGCGGUAUCCAAAGCUGCCUCAGGCUUUGUUAUAUAUAUAAUACUUUUUUUUCUUUUGCGUUGCCUUUUAUCCCGCCCUUAUUUGUGUGUGAGAUUUACUCAUGUUCUGGUCAAAACUGUUUUUUUGGUUUUAGUACAUUCCCAGUGUUUGUCAUCAUCAUCAAGUUCCCAUGUUUUUUAUAAAAACAAUUGUGUAACUCCUCCUUUUUCUAUUAAAACAAAGUAAGUAUGA